GCCUUCUGGCAAACAGAUUUGCGUUCUCUCGUGAAACAAAAAACAAAAACCCUACCUUAGGAAAAGAAGAACAAACCUUGAGGUACAAUUAUUUUACAUUUUUGAUACAAAUAUUCAAACACUAUUUUAAAGAGGCAACUAUUUUAAAAUGAAAACAAUUAAAAUAAAGUCGAUACUUUCAAACAGAUUUAACAUUAUGAUAAACGUGCGUCAAAUGAUUUUGAUUUUAGUGGCCAACUCCACCCCAAAAAAAUAUCAAGAAGCCACGCCCACUUUUGCAGCCAAUGGGACCUGUUUUUUAAGUGAGUGAAUAAAAGACAGAAGCCAGUCACCAAAGUGUCAUUAUCUCUUUUUUAACGAUGUAUUUUAAAAUAUUGAACACUACAAGUUUCAAAUGUGGAUGUUGGAAGACUUAUGCUCGUGGACUCAGGAGUGGGUCUGCUUUGCAGCGCUGUGAGAAUUUAAAGGGUCGGAGCUGUUUGACACUGGCAGACUUCACUUCAGAGGAAAUCAAGAGGCUGUUGUGGGUUUCUGCCGACUUAAAACAUCGCAUCAAGCAUGAAAAACAGUACCUCCCUCUUCUGCAAGGAAAGUCCAUUGCAAUGAUAUUUGAGAAGAGGAGCACCAGGACAAGAAUGUCCACAGAAACAGGAUUCGCAUUGCUGGGUGGACACCCUUGUUUCCUCACCACCCAGGACAUCCAUCUGGGAGUCAAUGAAAACUGUACAGACACUGCAAGGGUUCUCUCAGGACUGUGUGAUGUCAUCUUGGCUCGAGUGUACAGCCACGCCACGCUGGAGGAGCUGGAUAAGGACUCCUCCAUCCCUAUCAUCAACGGCCUGUCUCACCUCUAUCAUCCAAUCCAGAUUUUGGCCGACUUCCUGACUUUACAGGAGCAUUAUGGAUCCCUUACUGGGCUAACACUCAGCUGGAUCGGGGAUGGGAACAACGUCCUCCACUCCUUUAUGACGACCGCACCCAAACUGGGAGUACACCUGAAGGUUGCUACCCCGAAGGGCUAUGAGCCAGAAAGAGGUAUAAUAGAAGCGACUGAGAGGCUCUCUAAAAAGCAUGCAACCCAGUUUGUGCUGACCUCUGACCCUAUGGAGGCUGCCUGCGGCAGCAAUGUGUUGGUAACGGACACCUGGGUCAGCAUGGGGCAGGAGGAAGAGAAGAAGAAGAGACUUGUGGACUUUGGAGGUUAUCAGAUAACCAAGGAGACAGCGAGUGUGGCUCAGCCAGACUGGACCUUCCUGCACUGUCUGCCUCGUAAAAAGGAGGAAGUGGACGAUGACGUUUUCUACUCCUCACGCUCCCUCGUCUUCCCUGAGGCAGAGAAUAGGAAGUGGACCAUCAUGGGUCUGCUGGUGUCUCUCUUGACAGACUACUCCCCACAUAUACCAAGGAUCAAGUUUUAACAUCAAGUUUAGGUGGAAUAAAGACACAUCAGUAUAUGCAGUCUAUGAAGUGUAAAGAUACUACUUCCUUAAUCAAAACAUAUUUCAUUUCCAGCUUUUCCAACUUAUUUAAGGAGACAUUUUAAGCAAAACUGAAAUAAAUACAUUUGCACAAACGCCCUUUCAU